AGCGCCAUGAGCUCGGAGCCGCCCCGCGCCUCGCUGCUCCGCGCCCUGUUUAAGAUGGAGCCGCCGGCGGCUGCCUCCGAAGUGCUGGGGGGAGCCUCGGAGUUCGUGAAAGAUCGGUUGUACUUCGCUACUUUACGAAAUAAACCGAAAAGUACCGUAAAUACCCACUACUUUUGUACGGAUGAGGAACUGGUCUAUGAAAAUUUCUAUGGAGAUUUUGGACCUUUAAAUUUGGCAAUGUUAUACAGAUACUGCUGUAAACUAAAUAAGAAACUAAAGUAUUUCAGUCUAUCAAGAAAGAAGAUAGUGUACUACACCAGUUUUGACCAGCGGAAACGAGCAAACGCAGCAUUUUUAAUAGGUGCAUAUGCUGUAAUAUACUUGAAGAAAACACCAGAAGAGGCUUACAGGACACUUCUGUCUGGAUCUAAUCCACCAUAUCUUCCAUUUAGGGAUGCUUCAUUUGGAAACUGCACGUACAAUCUUACCAUCUUGGACUGUUUACAGGGAGUAAAUAAGGCUUUGCAGCAUGGAUUUUUUGACUUUAAGACAUUUGAUGUGGAGGAAUAUGAACACUAUGAGCGAGUGGAAAAUGGUGACUUCAACUGGAUUAUUCCGGGAAAAUUUUUGGCUUUUAGUGGACCACACCCAAAAAGCAAACUUGAAAAUGGUUAUCCCCUUCAUGCACCUGAAGCCUACUUUCCCUAUUUCAAGAAACAUAACGUCACAUCAAUCAUAAGACUAAACAAAAAAAUUUAUGAGGCAAAACGCUUUACUGAUGCUGGUUUCGAGCAUUAUGACCUGUUCUUCAUAGAUGGAAGCACACCAAGUGACAGUAUAGUUCAGAGGUUCCUGACCAUCUGUGAAAAUGCUGACGGUGCCAUUGCUGUACAUUGUAAAGCUGGCCUGGGGAGAACAGGAACGCUGAUUGCCUGUUACAUCAUGAAACACUACAAGUUCACACAUGCUGAAGCCAUUGCUUGGAUAAGAAUAUGUCGACCAGGCUCUAUUAUAGGACCCCAGCAACACUUCCUGGAAGAGAAGCAAGCAAUGUUAUGGCUGGAGGGAGAUCACAUCCGAUCAAAGCAGAAACAGCGAGUAGUUGAUGAAAACAUUAACAGAGUCCUUUGUGGCUUGAAUGACAUUUCCAUCAGUGACAGCCUAAAGAAAGUACAAGACUUGGAUCAAUACAGGGAGAAUGAUUUUGAAGACAAAGCAGAUGUGGAAACUCAGACUGGCAUGACACAGGGAGAUAAACUCAAUGCCUUAAAAAGUCGGAGACGGCCUUGUUCUGCUACAACUGGAGCUCUGAGGCUGCAAGACAUGAAACUGCACACCAGGUCAAUAUCACAACCCUUCAGACUGAAUACUUCAGGUAGCACAGAAGGAUCCAUGUCUCCUCUGAAGGCCUCCAAAGUGAUGGCAGUUAACUCACCAUCUGCAGAAAGAAUAAGCAGACUUGCCACAUCCUCAGGAUCUAACCUCAAAAGCGUUUCCAUAAACUCCAGACUAGCCAGUUCUCUAGGGAACCUGUAUGCUGCUUCAGAUGAUGGGAGCAAAAUGACAUCAUCGUGCUCUAGGACAGGUUUUUCUGUAAGCCAUAUCUCCAGUCACCUGAAUGGCAGCUUGCAGCUGCCACACAGAAAUACCCGUGAGCUGAACAACAACUUGUACAACAGAAGCAGCAGUAGUGGCAACAACCUGAGCAGCCAAAGCAGUUUGCACAGCGCCGUGACAGAUGGAAGUGGAGGACCUACCCCCAUGUUAACAGCUAGGAUGUGGCACCUCUUACAAUUCAGAAGCCGCAUGUUUAUAGCUCGGGUCCCUUCAGUCUGAGUAUGUUCAGUACUAAAGCCUUGCUGCUUUGGUGAAACCUGCUGAGCUCUUCAAAUUGAUGUUCUUUAUGAAGGAGAAGAACUGAAAAAAAGCUGCUCAUUAAGAGGAAUCUUCAAUACAAGCUUAACACCAAGAGAAGACCUCUUAGCAGGAGAAAUUUCUUGUUAAUGACUACUGCAGAUGCAUUGAUGUUGAAUUUAUGGAAAUUACUACCCCAUGUUAUAUACACAUUUAAAUUUUUUAUGUUGAGACAGCUUGAAUAUAUUUCUAAUGAGUUUCAUUAAGACAUUUAUUAACUUGUGUACAGUGUUAAAAUAUCUAUUAAGAGAAUAUUUUGGUAAACUAUAAAAAUUAUGUAAAAAUUAGAAUAUAUUUUAAUUUAGUGUCUACUUUGCUACAAAAAUGUGUAUUUUAAAGAAUUUGUACAUGUUUAUCAAAGAUAUAAAAAUUUUUUAUGAACAAGAUGUUUUUCUUGUUUAAUGGGUCCAUUAUUGCUUGAAGCCUCAUGUAAUUACUCUUUUACUAAUUGGUCUUCUGGUAACUUGAUGGAAGUCCUAACUAAUGAGAGACUAGUUGUUACAAUAUCAACUAAAAGCACUUGAUAAAUAGUCUGCUCUCCACUUUCAGCUCCUAAUGUUUCUUAAGGAAACACCAUGAAAGAAAACUAAAGGGAAAAUAUUUGUUGAGAUAUGAUGUAGUUACAUCUUUCACUGCAAAGAGAAAGUAAUUUAUUUAAUGAUUCAGUUGUACAACUAAGACUUUCAAUUUGUCUUAAAGGAAUGUUUUGGUUUUGAUGUAGAAUGUUACAUUUUGCUAUGCAAUAUAUACUGCAAAAAUGAAGGCAGACCAAACUGAAGUUGGUAAGAAUGUACAUAUACCGUGAAUUCAGCAGCACUGCAUACUUGCAUGUUUUGAACCUACAUUUGGCAGUAUGUGUACAAUUUCCUUAGCAACACACACUAAAUGUUGGAAGUAUAUUAAAUUUUCAUUUCUCAGUUGGAUGCUUCAUACACCUUUAGUUUUUUUGUUAAAUAUAUAGUUUAGGUAACCUCCUGUAUCAUGGAAUAUUUUUGCCAGUAAUAAAGAUGCUCUGUAACAUAUAGUUAAAUCAGAUGUUACUACCAAUGAGACUUAGAAUUAAAUGGUGUUACAGUGAGGUCCUAGAGACCAGGUGUAAAAUUUUCAGAACUCCACAAGGGCAUAGUAAGGAAAGUAAUGAGAUGAUUCGAUUUGCCACUAAUCUGUAAGACAAAAUCAAAACAGAUUUGUUACCUAUUAGUUUUCCCAGUAUCUACAGAAACUUG